AAUGAUUGGUUCAGAGGGACUUUGUGCCUUGAAGUUCCAGAUGACGUAUCAUUGAGGUCAUUGGGUAAUCACGUGUGGGGAAGUUCACUUAAUGGCGUUUCAACCAAUGUGACGUUCCCCACAUCUUGGAAAAAAUAUUAAUGCGGUGUCCAACUGGUCUGUCCUUGGUGGCACAACAUCUCCUUUGCUGGUGCACAGCUCCCAGCGGGAGCUCAAAGUUCCAACUCGUUCGGCAAUUCCCGGCUACUUCCGGCAACGUCCGGUGAGGCAUUCGGGUAUUUCCGGUAAGCUUCGGUAAGAAUGAUCAUAAUGGCGCUUGUUGUGCGGAGUUGUCGGACCUUUGGAUAGUUUGUACCGGGAUUGUUGGCAGCUGAAGGACCGAGAUGGCAGGCAGUAAGGACAAGAAUAAGAAGAAGGAGCCUUCACAGUUGGAAAAGAUUCGUUCGUGGUGGGAAGUGCCUGCAAUCGCCCAUUUCUGCUCCCUUUUCCGAGCGGCCUUCAACCUUUCGGACUUCGAGAUCGAAGAGUUAGAAGAGGCACUGCUGGCCGAUGAAGGCAGCUGCGAUGGGGACACGACGCACGUUUUCCUGGCGGACCUGAUCGCAAGGUUACUGCGGGGUUGUUACGGAAGGAGAGAUAUCGGGUAAGUAAUUAUGGCAUUA